AUGUCGCAGCCGCCGCCGCCGUUCCCCUCACGCUUCACGGGGCCGCCGCCGCCUCCUCCUCCGCCCCGCUGCUUCCCGCCCGCGGGGCCUCCUCCGCCAGGCCCUUUCCGGGGCAGGCCGCCGCCUCAGCCCUUCUUCCCAUCGCCGUUCCCGCGCGGCGGCGGCGGGCCCGGGCCUUCCCUCGGCCUCCCGCCGCCGCAUCCCCCCUUCCCGUCGGCCCCUCCGUGGCAGCCGCUGCCCGAGUGGAGGCCGCAGGCGGCGCCGCCCGGGGAGCGGCCUAGGCCGGAGGCGGCGGCGGAGGGCGGCGGCGAGGACGAGCGGUGGCUGAGCCGCUUCCUGGCCCGACGCCGCCUCCUCCGCGAGGCCCCGUCGAAGCCCGCCGCCGGCCCGAGCCCCACCGAGGCCAGGCAGCUGGCCGCCGAGGCGCUGCGCCGAGUGGCCGAAGUGGCGGCGCUGUGCCGGGCGUGGCGGCGGCGGGACGAAGCGGGAGACCCGGCGGCGGAGGAGGAGGAGGAGGAACGGGCGGCGGCGGAGGGGCGGCUGGCCGAGCUGCGGGAGCUGGUGCGGCCCCUGCGCGAGCCCGCCUGCCUGGCCGCGCUGCGCCGCAAGGCCCGGAGGGGCCGGCAGAAGCGGCUGCGGCGCCGGCGGCUGCGGCGGGAGGCCCGCGCGGCCCGCGAGGAGGCGGCGGCCCGGGCGGCCGAGCGGGAGGCGCGGAUCGACCGCUGGAGGGCCCGCCGCGCCCAGGAGGUGGAGGAGAAGCACCGGGAACAGGAACUCAAAGCUGCUGCAGAUAGCGUGUUGUCUGAAGUAAGGAAAAAGCAAGCAGAUACAAAGCGGGUGGCAGAAAUCCUGCGUGGCUUGGAAAAACUGAGGAAACUAAGAAAAGAAGCAGCAGCGAGGAAAGGAGUCUGCCCACCCCCUGAAGCAGACGAAGCCUUUGAAAAUGAAAUCCAGAGCUUAAGAGUAUUGAUUAAACAGCGCACUGAAGUGUAUGAAGCUGAAGAGCGCGCUUUGCGGGUUAUGCUAGAAGGAGAACAGGAAGAGGAGAGAAAAAGAGAACUGGAGAAGAAACAAAAGAAAGAAAAGGAGAAACUCCUGCAACAGAAGCGGGAAAUGGACAGCAAGCUCUUUGGGAAUCCAGAGGAGUUUCCCCUUUACCACCUUUUGGAGCCCUUCAGGCAAUACUAUUUACAAGCUGAAUAUUCAGCACCAGCUCUUAUCCAGAUAAGGCACGAAUGGGAUCGGUUCCUGGUGCCAAUGGAUCACCCGGAAGGAAGUUUCAUCCCACCAGGAUGGAUUCUCCCAAGUCCGCCUUCCAGUGACAUUUGGGGCACAGCUGUUGGAUAA